GCUGUCCAUCCAUCGACGACAAUGAGCUUCGAGGUGGAGUCGGAGGAUGUCAUUCGGCUCAUCCUACAGUUCCUGAAGGAGAACAACCUGACCAAGACGCUCAGGGCUCUCCAGGCGGAGUCUAGCGUGUGCCUCAACACCAUCGACAACCUGGACAACCUCAUGAGCGACAUCAACCACGGGCGUUGGGAGGCAGUCAUGCCUCAGGUGUCGUCGCUGUCUCUUCCCCUGGCCAAGCUCGUGGCGGUGUACGAGCAGCUGGUGCUGGAGCUGCUUGAGAUGAGGGAGCUGGACGUCGCCAGGGAGAUCUUGCGCACGGCCGACCCAUUCCUCCAGAUGAAGAAGGAGGAGCCCGACAGGUAUCUCCGGCUGGAGCACUGGCUGCAGAAGGGCGCCGCCAUCGACCCGCGAGACUUGUACCCGGCAGGGAGCUCGAAGGAAAAGCGCCGAGCGGAGAUUGCCAACAUGCUCAUCCCUGAGGUGAGCGUUGUCCCGCCGAGUCGUCUCUUGGCGCUGGUGAACCAGGCCCUGAAGUGGCAGCAGGUGCAGGGCCUGCUGCCCAGGGGCCAAAAGUUCGACCUCUUCAGGGGCGGUGCCCGCGCGAGCAAGAAGGACAUGGAGGAGAAACCUCCCAGGAAGAUGGCCGGCCAGAUUAAGUUCGGCACGAAGAGUCACCCCGAGGUGGCUCGGUUUAGCCCGGACGGACAGUACCUGGCUUCCGGCAGCGUUGACGGCUUCGUCGAGGUGUGGGAUUUCGACACGUGCAGGCUGCGCAAGGACUUGGCGUACCAGGCCAAGGACGAGUUCAUGAUGCAUGACAAGGCGGUCCUGUGCAGUUCCUUCAGCAGGGACGGCGAGCACCUGGCCACCGGCAGCACCGAUGGCAAGAUGAAGGUCUGGAAGGUGUCCACCGGGCAGUGCCUGAGGCGCUUCGAGAGCGCGCACACACAAGGGGUGACCUCCGUGGCUUUCGCGAGGGACGGGUCUCAGCUGCUCUCGUCCUCCAUGGACCAGACGGCGCGAAUCCACGGCCUCAAGUCCGGGAAGAUGCUCAAGGAAUUCCGGGGUCAUACGUCCUACGUGAACACCGCCGUGUACAUGCACGACGGUGCUAAGGUGGUCACCGGGUCAGCGGACGGCACGGUAAAGGUGUGGGAUGCGAAGACGACCGAGAAUCUACACACGUUCCACCCCGCCCUGUCCAUCGGCUCCCACACGGAGGCGAGCGUGCACACGGUCCGCCCGCUGCCGGGCUCCGCCGAGCAGGUGCUGGUGUCCAACCGAACGUCUACGGCCUUCCUUUGCACCCUGCAGGGACAGGUGGUGCGGAGCUUCACGAGCCCGAAGUCUGUGCGCGCAGACUUCACGUGCGCGUGCCUUUCUCCCAAGGGCCGGUGGGUGUACUGCGCGGGGGAAGACGGGGAGUUGUUCUGCUUCGACGCGGCCACGACCGAGGUUGAGAAGACGCUCAAGGUGUCGGAGAAGGAGAUCAUCGGCCUGGCGCAUCACCCCCACAGAAACUUGCUGGCGACGUUCAGCAACGAAGGGCUGCUAAAGCUUUGGAAGUCAUGA